AUGUUCUCACCAUUUAUUUCUUUCUCUCCUCAACCUUGUGUCACUCUCUCUCCCCAAAAUCAUUUCUCGUUUCUUUUUUCUCUCUUCCUCGAGCUCGUUUCUUUUUUCUCUCUUCCUCGAGCUCGUUUCUUUUUUCUCUCCUCCUCGAGCUCGUUUCUUUUUCUCUCCUCCUCGAAGAAGGAAGUUUUUUUUUCUCCUCCUCGAGCUCGUUUCUUUUUUUUCUCCUCCUUUGAGCUUGAUUUUUCUUUUUUUUUUUUCUCCUCCUUUCAGAAGUUUCUUUUUUCUCUCCUCCUCGAGCUCGUUUCUUUUUUCUCUCCUCCUCGAGCUCGUUUCUUUUUUCUCUCCUCCUCGAGCUCGUUUCUUUUUUCUCUCCUCCUCGAGAAAAAGAAAAUAAUUUCUUUUUUCUCUCUUCCUCGAGCUCGUUUCUUUUUCAUUCACAUCCUUUGUUUCUUUCUUUCUUCAUCUUCAUCUUUCCUUUUUCCUCUUCUUCCCUAUUUUCUUAAUUUGUUCAAUUCCUCUUUAUUUCUUUACUUUAUAUUAAUCCUUUUCUUCUACUUUCACUUUAUUUUUCUCUCUUGCCUGUCUUCUCUUUAUUUCUUUUAUUUUGAUUUCGCCUUUUCAUUUCUCUGUUAUUUAUUUUCCUGUUUGUUUCUUUUCUUAAUUUUUCCCUAUUUUAACUUUUCAUUUGUACUUUCACUUUCAUUUUUGAUUUGCCUAAUUCACAGACUCCCACUAACUUCCCUCCCUGCCCUGAUUCAUUUCCCAACCUCUUUACCACGAGUUCAUUUACCUCAGGAGACAAGGAAUUUUCCUCUGAUUAUUUUCAAAAUGUAUGACUUUUCAAAUGAAAAAUCUAUCUAUCUAUCUAUCUAUCUAUCUAUCUAUCUAUCUAUAUAUAUAUACACAUACAAAGAGAGAGUUAUUUAA